AUGCGAAAUGGGACCUUCAUCAUUCCCAGCACCGGAGAGCGAUCACGAAAGCAGUUUACACUGCGCACCUCGGCGACAGCCAACGCCCGCGCCAGCAUCAUAGACCGAUACGCCCAAGCCGAGACGAUAUGCGAACAGUGCGCCGCUGCGGUUGACGAUGGCAAGUCCAGAGUGCUCGCCUUCUGGCACUGGCUUUGCUCCGACCAGGGUCACCAGGUUCUCAAGUGCACCUUUGCCUAUGUGCUGGGUAGCCUAGCCACCUUUUCGCCCUUUCUCUCCGGCUUCCUCGGCGACCGCGACGGGAAGCACAUUGUCGCGACGUUGACCGUCUUCUUCCACCCUGCGCGCACCACCGGAUCCAUGAUUGAGGCCAUUCUGGUGGCGAUAGCCGCCGUCAUAUACGCAAAUGUAGUGUGCGUGCUCAGCAUGGUUGUAGCCGUGUUUUCACGGAAGCAGCUAGACUCGGUAGCUCCAGCUCAUGCCAUCAUUCUUCUCAUGGCGGUGGGUGGUGGACUUGGCUUCAUCGCCUGGGUCAAGCAGCGGUUGGGCCAGCCACUGGUCAACGUUGCUGCGACGUUGGCUUCCAUCGCAAUCAUAUCCAUGGUUACAAAGGACGACUCGAUACAGUACGGUUACUUUUCCAAUGACCGGAUUGUUCAAGUACUCAAGAUGCUUCUCAUUGGAAUCACCUUUAGCGCGGCAGUAAAUAUAUUGGUCUGGCCAGUCGCAGCGCGGCAAGUUCUGCGCAAGUCCAUCAUUACUGCAUCCUCCACUCUGAGUGACCGACUAUCCUUUGUCACUAGAGGAUUCCUCAUUGGCUCCGAAGAAGAGGUUAAUUCCCCCGAAUAUCACCGUGUUUCCAAGUCGUACACGGCUGCCUAUGGCUUGAUGACGAUAACGCUGCGCGAAGCCAAGCUGGAAUACUAUGUGCUCGGCCAGGAACGGAUAUACCAAUACGAUAAAAGACUUGUCAAGUCUCUUGAUUCGGUUUCGCAGGCUAUCGGCGGCUUACGGAGUGCCUUGAAUACACAGUUCACCCUCCUCAGGGAGGGUGUCGCAGCCUUGACUGAUAACCAAGAAAUAACGACAGCUGACGGUGCCCUGCUCUCAUCCAAAACAUCUGGCCGAGCAUCCACGCUCAUGGACGUGGUAGAGCGGCUCUCUGUCAUUGAAGAGGAUGACGAGCCGCGGAGUACCCCAAACUCCCGAGCUGAUCCCGCUCAGGGCCAGAUACCAAUUUUUCGAGUGCCCUCCGACAUUUUUGCGCUUUUCAUGGCCUUGCUAGGACCAUCGAUGAAAUCCUUAGCCUAUACAUUAUCCGAAAUAUUGCGCGAGUCUCCUUUUGGAAAAGACAUAAAGACUGACAUAGCUGUGUCAGAUCAGCUGCGAGAAUCGCUGCGAGACGCCCUGAGCCUGUACAAUUCGGCACGAAGUAGUGCUCUGCAGGAGGUCUACAAGAGUAUGGAACUGGGACGUGCCCGUUCCGAGGCUAUCCGGGCAGAUAUUGAAGAAGUCGCUGCCGCCUGUGGGCACUUUUCCUUCAGCCUGCUUGCUGUAGCGGAAGCCAUGGACUCAUACCUGGACGUUCUGGAAGAUCUCAAAUACUCGACCGAAACUCUUGACAGAACCUGGAACUGGGCCAAAUUUUGGCGGUACAGGUGGAAUGCGAAAGAUGUGGUUACCGAAGAUCCGGAGCGGGAGCCCCUGCUCACUAGAACCCAGUCUGGCAUACGCCGAUCUGCCCUGCCCAAGGGGAUUCCUAAUUCUAUGAAGAAGCAGCGUGACAACUACCACUGGGACGCGUCCUCGCAAUCCAGCAGCUGGACUAGGAGUUUCUCGCAGCUGAUUCUGAAUGUGAUGCGAUUUUUAUCGCGAGAAGACAUUGUCUUUGGUAUCAAAAUCGCUAUUGGUGCCGUUCUUUGGGCCAUGUUUGCCUUUAUCCCCGCUACGCGUCCUGUAUAUCAGAAAUGGAGAGGCGAAUGGGGACUGCUGUCUUAUAUGGUCGUCGUCGGCAUGACGAACGGAGCAUCCAACACGACUGGCCUCUCACGACUACUCGGUACGCUGAUUGGCGCGGUUUGUGCUUGCGCCGCCUGGCUUCUCAGUUUUGGUAACGCCUACGCCCUUGCGAUUUUCGGCUUCUUCAUGGCCCUGGGAAACUUUUACAUGAUUCUCAUCGUUAAGAACGGACCGCUUGGCCGAAUCUCACUGCUGGCGUACAAUGUCAUUGUGCUUUAUGCUUACAGCCUCUCGCAGCGAGACGACGACGACGACGACGAAGGCGGCAAGAAUCCUCUCAUCUUUGACAUUGCAUACCACAGAGUCAUUGCCGUGACGCUGGGUAUAGUCUGGGGCAUGCUCUUUUGUCGCAUGCUGUGGCCCAUCUCCGGGCGCGCCAAGUUCCGUGAGGGCCUCGCCGUGCUCUACCUGCAGCUGGGCCUCAUCUGGAAGCGCGGUCCGCUCACCAUUCUCGUCGAGAGCGACAGCAAGCGCGACUAUAUGGACGCCAAGGAGCAGGCCGCCCUGCAGCGCUACGCCUUCAAGCUCGAGACGCUCCGCGCGUCGGCCAAGUCGGAGUUUGAGCUGCGCGGUCCGUUCCCUAACAAAGCGUACAGCCGCGUCCUGCACAUUACGAAGCAUAUUCUUGACAGCUUCUACGCCAUGCGCUUGAUUAGCGAGCACCGAGGGUCGCUGUCGGCCGGCGAGCGCGCCCUGCUUGACUUCACCGCUGCUGAGCGCAUUCUGCUGUGCCAGCGUAUCAGCCACGUCUUUCAGGUUCUUGCGUCCUGCAUCAUGCUCGAGUACCCGCUCACCGACGUCAUCCCGACUAUUGAGAGCAACAAGGACCGCUUGCUAAGCAAGAUUUACCAGUUUCGCCUCGAUCACUUUGCCGCGCAGCAGGAGCAGCAGCAGGAGCAGCAGCAGGAGCAGCAGCAGGAGCCGGCCAGUGGCAACGGAAAAGCCACGGCGGCGGUGCCGGUGCCGGAGUCGGUGGCCAAAGCACGAAGGGGCAGCACCAGCGGCGCGACGCCCGCCCAACUCAGCGUCGAAGUGGAGGAAAAGGACUACGCGCUCGUGUACGCCUACAUUCUCGUCACGGCCCAGGUGGCCGCGGACUUGCAAAAGGUGCGUGAGGAGAUUGAAAACCUCUUUGGUGUGCUGCAUCAAAACGACAUGUUGCUGGAAUGA